AUGCAUCAUCUGUUUGGGCUGGUUUUGGCACAAAAGGACCUUUCACGUGCAGGGGAUCUUUUCUCAUUAGAAGAUGCUGAAAUUGAAGGAAGCCUCUCAGAAGCUCUUGAACAAAUAAGAAUAAUUAGUUCAUCUGCGGACUACCAGACCAAUGACAAUGAUCAGGCUGUGGUGGAAAUCUGCAUCACUCGCAUCACCACUGCCAUAAGGGAGACGGCAUCCAUAGAAAAGCAUGGGAAAGCCCUUGUGGCUCUCUGGGAGUCGUGUCUAGAGCACAACUUGAAGCCUUCUGGGAAAGAUGAGGAUGCACCACAUGCAAAAAUUGCAUCUGAUAUCAUGAGCUGUAUCUUGCAGAAUUACAACCAACCUCCAGUAAUGGCCUUAGCUGUUCCGGUGGCAGUGAAAUUUCUUCAGAGGGGCAAUAAGGAAUUGUGCAGAAAUAUGUCAAGUUAUCUGUCCUUAGCUGCAAUCGCUAAAGCAGAUCUUCUGGCUGAUCACACAGACACCAUUGUCAACAGUGUCCUUCAAGGGAACUCGAUGCUGCUACGUGUCCUGCCUGGUCUGUAUGAGAAGCAACCACAGCCAAUAAACCUCCAUCUGAGGGAGCUAGUGGCACUGAUGGCUCAGCUGGAUCAAGCUGAACAACAUCAUCUCCUCAGGCUCCUCCAAACCGUGGCUAGGAAAAGGGAACUUGGGGUGCUGAAAGAGUGUAUACCAUUUCUAUUUGGACACUUGAGAGACCUUAACCAUAGUGACAUUGUUCUAAACAUACUUACAGAAAUAUCCAACUAUGAGCCAACAGCCUUAGCUGCCUCUCUUCCAAUGCUGAAAGAAAUUGGUGAGAGUUUUCCAUGUUUGAUUGGGCAAACAGCAAAGAUCUUUGGAGCUGUUGGACAUAUUGAUGAGGAACGAGCCAGAAUAUGCCUGAUGUAUUUGGUGAACCAGCUGGCCAAUAUGGAACACUCAUUUCACCAUAUUCUUUUGCUGGAAAUUAAGAGUCUUACUGACAGUUUCUCAAGUAUCUUGGGCACCCAGAGCAGAGAUAUCUACCGCAUGAGCAACAGUUUCACAGCCAUAGCCAAGCUCCUCAUCCGACAGCUAGAGAAUGAUAACAUGUCUGGAGCCAGGAUGGAAAACGAUACUGAUACUGAAACAGAAUCUCCUGCACCAGUGGAUGAUUUAAAAUCUGUUAUGAAUGAAAGUGAAGAGGAUGAAAAGCUUCAAGUUAAAAUACAGGCUUUUGAAGAGAAAAUAAAUGUUGACAAUGGUACUCCUGGCUCAGUGCGGAGAUACAGUUUAGGCCAGGUUUCUAAAGAAGAAAGGAAGGAUAUGAGAUUUAACAGGUCCAAAAGCCUUGCUUUGCAUGCAGUCCGCAUGAAGGGUAUAAAUUCAGAGUGUGGACAGGACGAGGACAAUGGGGAGAUAACUGCUGGUAUCUCCUUCUCUGAGAUCUACAUUAGGCAAGAGAAUGACAAAUUGCCUUUCAAUGUCGGUACUGAAGCCAUGCAACUACGAAAUUCUUUGUUUUCACACCAAAGUAUUGAUUACAUGGAAUCAGCAAAUUUGCAAGACUCUGCUAAAGAAAAGGCCCUCGAAGGAAGCACAGAGGCAGUGAUGAGCCCCAGGGAAUACCAGGAUAAGCUCUACUUGCACUUGAAGGAAAACCUGGGUAAAGUGAAAGCGUAUGUCACAGAGAUGGGGAGAAAAAUUCCUAUCCCUGAUCAGUGUGUUGUUGAAGAUACUGUUAGAAGCUGUGAAGCAAAGCUGUUCUUUAGCUGUCCCCUGAAGGGCCAUUACUGCCUGUACAGUAAAUCCAGUUUUACCCUCAUCAGCCAGCAGCCUUCACUGUGGAUCCAUAUCAUGUUCCUCUUCCAGCAGAGCUUGUUUGCAGAACCUUUGUCCAUACAGAGUAAUUCUGUGCAAGUCCUUAAAGCCCUGUGGGAGAAGACACAGCUUAAGGGGACACAUAGUUUUGAAACUGCCAUGAUACAGUCUACAUUUCCACACCAAAAGGACCUGGACGAUGUGCAGAUGCACCUGGCAGAAGUGAGGUUCUUUGAUUUAUUCGGCUACAGCGAGGAAGCAGGAAGCUGGCAGUGUUUCAUGUGUAAUAACCCUGAAAAGGCAACAGUUGUAAAUCAGGAUGGCCAGCCUCUCAUCGAAGGCAAACUUAAAGAGAAGCAAGUCCGGUGGAAGUUUAUUAAAAGGUGGAAAACUCGCUACUUCACCCUGGCUGGCAAUCAGCUGCUUUUUCGGAAAGGAAAAUCUAAGGAUGACCCCGAUGACUGCCCCAUUGAGCUCAGCAAGGUGCAGAGCGUUAAAGUGGUGGCAAAGAAGCGCAGGGACCGCAGCCUGCCCCGGGCCUUUGAGAUCUUCACCGACAGCAAAACCUAUGUUUUCAAGGCCAAAGAUGAGAAGAAUGCUGAGGAGUGGCUUCAGUGCAUCAACGUUGCUGUUGCACAGGCUAGAGAGAGAGAGAGCCGAGAGGCCACCACCUAUCUGUAGAGCUGCUGGCACCUCCAUGGCCAUGCCAGCAAACCAACGGUGUCUGGGACCACUCCGGUACUGAGCAUCCCACUACUGUACCCCGUAUCCUGGACCUCUUUUACCUCCAGAAGCCCUGCUGGCUCAUGGAGCAUGGGAAACCGUGAGUAAGAGCAUGCGCUAGCAUGGCCCAGGGAGGACUUUGUGCAGUGAAAGGUCUAACACAACCAGGUGAUGGAAUGCCACCAUGUAGGAGUGCUCCCAGGCACUGGGGUCAAACCAGCUUCCACUGCUUUGUGAAAUGCAGGGGUUUUUUUCUUCAGCCUAAUGGCCUGCAAACCAGGAAACAUGGUUAGAAACAUGCCAGGGUCUCAACACCUCAGCCUCUACUUCUGAGAGGCACAUGAUCUCAGUGGCUGUAGACACUGCCAAAAGCGUUCGCUCAUGUAAGGACUUUGUUUUCCUCAGUCACUGUCUGUCUGUAAACAGGUAAUUUUCCUUCUUAUUUAAUCUCAGUGUACUUUAUCCUUUUACUGUUUGUAUGCUGCUCCUUUCAGGUUUGAUAUUGAACAAUUUGAAAGAUUUAAUACUGAUGAAAAAUAAUUUAAAAUAUUUAACUGUUUUGAUUUUCCCCCUUUCUCCUGCUUUUCCUCCCCUUCCUCCUGAAUGUACUUUUUAAAAUUAAUUUUAUUUUAUUCUUUUUUUAAUUGUCUUCUCCAUUCUGUAACUUUUCAAAUUUUCUCCAAAACCAGAAAAUUCCCAGUUUGCUUUUCUGUGUCACUCUCAAAUGAUUCCAAACUGGACAAAGUUCUGUAGAAAAGACUGAAACUAAAAAAGGAAAAGGGGAAAAUAAUGAAUGAGAAGUCUGCGAGUGAUGAAAUGAACUCAGAAAUCAGGCAAG